AUGUAUUCUGAUUUUAUCCUCGAAUACGCAACUCUUCAACAUUCGAAGCUGGUUCCGGAUUUGUCAUCAGAACCAGUUCCUGCCUACUACUUACCCCACCACGGUGUUGUAAAGGAAACUAGCAUUACUACCAAAUUACGAGUAGUGUUUAAUGGCUCUAGUAAGACGUCAACGGGAGUAUCGUUGAAUGACCUUUUGCAUGUCGGUCCCAAGUUACAAAACGAGUUAUUCGAUGUAUUAAUUUGGUACCGACAAUUUCGCUAUGUUUUCUCCUCUGACAUCGAGAAAAUGUAUCGUCAGAUAAAGAUCCACCCAGACGACUGGAAGUUUCAACGUAUCUUAUGGAUAGACCAAAAUGGUCACGUGUUGACUUAUCAACUCACUACUGUGACAUAUGGAUUGGCCUGCGCUCCCUUUCAAGCUCUUCGCGUUAUGCUCCAGCAAAUAAAAGAUGGAGACAAAUUUCCACUAGCGAUUCCAAUACUGAAACAUAGCCGGUAUGUAGAUGACCUAUUCGGAGGAGGAGAUUCUAUCGAACAAGCACAAGUGACUCUUCAGCAAGUGAAUCAGCUCUGCAUGGCGGGCGAAUUUCGAUUGCACAAAUGGAUUAGUAACUAUCCGGACGUUUUAAAUUCUAUUCCAGAAAGCGAUCAGAUAACUGGCUCGAUCAUACCGAUCGAGGAAAACUCUACUGUCUUGUCUCUUGGAUUAUCGUGGCAUCCCACCACGGACACCUUUCGAUUUAUCCAUCACCCUACGCAAACGGAGACCGUAACGAAACGGAUUAUUUUAUCUACCAUUGCUCGUUUAUUCGAUCCGCUUGGGUUUCUUUCGCCUAUCAUAAUUAGGGCAAAGAUAUUGAUGCAAGAAGUUUGGACUUUAAGAUUGGAUUGGGAUGACGCAGUUCCUGCCACGACUACUAACCGAUGGCUCUCGCUUGUUAAUGAUCUUCAAAAUCUGUCUACUUUAAGUUUUCCAAGAUGGAUAGGUCUGAGUUCCAAUCAAUUAUUAGAAAUUCAUGGGUUCUCGGACGCAUCACCGCACGCUUAUGCGGCGGUAGUCUAUUCCCGAUUAACUUCUGCCAACGGAGAAGUUUCUACACGACUUAUCUGUUCCAAGACUAAAGUUACCCCGCUAAAAAGGAUGACAAUUCCGCGAUUAGAACUCGCGGGAGCCGCUCUCCUGGCUAAACUAGUGAAACAUAUCCUUCAGAUUCUAGAUCAACGCCCUGCUUCUGUUUAUUUAUGGACAGACUCAACUGUUACACUCACGUGGAUUAGUAAUCAUCCGUCACGUUGGAAAGACUUCAUCCACAACAGAGUCUGCUUCAUUCAAGAAUCGGUACCACAAGCACGUUGGAAUUUUUUCGCAGGACCAGAGAAUCCUGCGGAUCUAGCUACACGAGGACUGUCGGUUAAGCAACUCUCAGAACAGGAAUUAUGGUGGAACGGAUCUAUAUGGUUGCGGGAAUCACCUCAACAUUGGCCUGAGAGACCAAUCAAUAAAGAAAGCGGAAAGAUUCUUGAUGAAAGACCUGUUAAAGUGGCAAUAACUUGCGCUUAUCAAACUGAAGAUUGGGAUCUUAUAUCUAGAUAUUCUAACUUAACGAGGCUACUUCGAAUUACUGCUCUUUGUCGACGGGCUAUUAAUCGAUUUCGGAAGGUUCCUAAUUCUUCAAUGACGAAUCCCAUCACUACCGUUGAAUUACAAUCAGCCAAACAAUUUUGGGUGAAGGCAGUACAACGGUCUGUCUUUGCUCAAGAACUUAGACUAAUUUCCAGUGGAGAACCGUUUCCAACCUCACACCCACUUUCUAGACUUACGCCCUUCAAGGAUGCUUCCAGUAUUCUAAGGGUGGGGGGACGCCUUCGGGAGUCAUCCUUGAGCAUAGAAGCCAAACAUCCGGCAAUUCUACCGAGACAUUCCCCACUUUCAACCUUAAUCAUUGCAGAUUCUCACAGAAGGACAUGA